CUUCAAAUAAAGUGUUACCCAUGACUGUUAUGCAUAACAUGAAUAUUAACAUGACUUUUCACAGAUGAAGGAAGGCACCGCUCCCAGUCACAAUUGUCAGUCACAGACAAGAGGAGGGUCUUAGUGUUGUCAAUCACCCUUAUGCACUCUUCCUUAAUGUGUUAAUUAAGGCAGAGAAACACAAUACCAAUCCAAUAAUUUUUUUUAUUAGCUAUCACACUAACUAGUCUGAGCAUAAACUACAACUGGUUCAGGCAUAAGCUACAACCAGUUUUAGCUUAGCAGAGAGCGAUUUGAGCAGCGUGCACAUGGGAGUGACUGACAGUGCUAAAACCCUCCCCCUGGCUCUGAUUGGUUGUUUCUGAUGGAGCUGUGUAUUUCAAUAGUUAGCACUGGGAGCACUGGUAUAAGGCAGUGCUAAAAAAUAAAUUCACAGAUUAUAUUGUGAUUAUAUUAUACUGUAACAUACUGACAGUUUUAACAAAUAUCAAAAAAUCAUAUUUUUAUGAGUUAUUAAAUGAGUAUUAAAAGAUUUAUACACAAAUAUGAAGCAGGAAGAGUUGAAAUGGUAAACUACUCGAGAACAAAUUAGUUUUCUUCAUGUGUUGAAUAGUUUUUUGCUAAUAUAUGAAAUACCUUAGCCUGAAAUGUUGUGUUUUCCACAGAUCCUGACUGACCAUGUGACCCAUGCUAUCAAAUGUAAAGUUGAGCAAAUCCCAGACAAACUCUGACUGGAGUGUGUUGGUGACAGAGACCCAGCUUCCAUCUGGAGGCUGCUAGAUAUCCUGCCUAUAACGCCUUGGGACUGAAAGCGAUGGGUUUUCCAGGUCACACACUGGCCUUGUCCAUACUUGUGGUGCUUCUGCAUUUACUGACCUGUUCAUCUCUUUGUUCACUAGUAAAAGUCAAUAAAGGUUUAAAGGUGAAACGAGGUCAGUCAAUCUACCUUCAGGAAGGGGAUCUGCAGUUCCAUGUUCCUGCUCAGAAGGAUGUAUGCAAGCUGGAAGUAGUAUUAAACGAGCCCAUAACUCAAAGAGUAGGAAAACUUGUGCCACAGGUGUUUGACUGCCAUUACCUGUCUGAUGAAGUUAAGUAUGUCCAUAAUGGCUGUCCCUUGUUAAAGGAAGAUAUCAUCAAGCUUCGCCUGUAUAGCUUCACAGAGACAAACACAUACAUGGAGUCGUUUACCCUCCUUGUGGACAUCAUAGCGCCUGAAUGCAACAUCAUUAGCAUGGGUCCCAAAUUCCUUCAGGUCUCUGAAUUGUAUGGUAUCUCCAAUGCUAUUGACGGCAAUGUGGUCUCCUUCCACUAUGAAAGAAAACCUAGUCUGGAAUGCAACAUUCACCUCAGACCCCAGGAAGCCCACCUUCCUGCCCAUGGCAAACUCGUCACUGGAGUCCCAGAGAGAGCCACCAAGAGAGGCGACGAGCCAGAAAGUUUCAUCUACCUACGUCAGCAACUAGAUAAUAAAGCCAGAGCAACGUAUGCAUCUGAAGACUGCCUUAAGGGCCUAAAACUAGUCACAGUCAAUACAGUUUCAUGUGAUGACUUCCUCCUGAUGGGCAUAAAGUACCAACACAUAGAUCCACCCUCUCCAGAUGUCGAUUAUAUUGCGAUCAGGCUGGACCUCAAGGACACCAGGAGUGGCAGCAUAUAUCAGUCUGAGCAGGGCUGGAUUCCAGUCACGAUAGCUGGAGGAAUGCCCAACCAGCCUCCCAAACCAUCUUUCAUGUCCAUGUUUAUCUUGGAGGUCGACCAGUUUAUUCUCACUCCCCUCUCCAUUGCAACACUGGAUGCUGAAGACGAGGAAACUCCAAAACAACUUCUGGUUUUUAACAUCACUAAACACCCUGAGGAAGGCUUUAUCACCCAUCUAUCUGACCACACUCGUCCAGUCUCCUCCUUUACAUGGCUUGAUCUAAAUGACAUGCUUAUAGCAUAUCAACCCCCAAAUUCUUCACAUACCCAACGAAGGAAUUAUGAGGUGGAAAUUGAAGUUUAUGAUUUCUUCUUUGUGAAAAGCUCACCAGUAACUAUCCACACAUCUGUAAGGAAUGCAGAAACAAAUGCACCAAGAGUGUCUUGGAAUAUGGGUCUUACUCUGCUGGAGGGUCAAUCUCGUCCUUUAAUGUGGGACCAGUUGCAAAUCGUGGAUAAUGACAACCUGAAUAUUGUUCGUGUCGUCAUUGUGGAUGGUCUCCAGCAUGGACACCUAACUGUAAAAGGUGGAAAGGGCUUCAUGUUUACCAUCAAUGACAUAAGAGCAGGUGUUAUCUGUUAUCACCAUGACGAUAGUGACUCCACAAAGGACUUCAUCAUUUUCCGAAUCACCGAUGGCCACCAUCAGACCCGACAUAAGUUCCCCAUUAAGAUUCUUCCCAAAGAUGACAGCCCUCCUUUCCUCAUAACCAAUAUGCUGGUCGAGAUCUCAGAGGGCCAGACGACCCUGCUUAGAGGUUCCACCCUCAAGGCUUCAGACAUGGACUCCAGUGAUGACAAUAUCCUCUUUAACAUUACUCGUCUCCCACAGGCAGGAGAGGUCAUGAAAAUCUCAGGACCAGGGCUGACAGGCUACCCUGUCAGCCACUUCCUCCAGAAGGAUCUUUCACAGUCCAUCAUGUACUACAGACACCUUGGGAACCAGGUGACUGAUGAUUCAUUCGAGGUUGUGCUGUCUGAUUUCCACGAUCCUCCUAACUUUUCAGAACCUCAAGUGAUAGUGGUGCACAUAGAAUCAGUUCCAGACCAACCACUGAAGGAGGUUCCUGGUUCAACUCGAUAUCUUGUGAUCAAAGAAACACAAGUGGCCCAUAUAACACGGCAACAGCUUCACUUUGUAGACCAAGAGUCAAAAGACAGCGAGCUUACAUACACAGUAACAACUCCACCUUUCUACACUGAUCAUUACAGUAGUCCAGAUGCAGGGAGGUUAUUCCUGGUAGACAGCGUACCCAAAUUUACUAAAGACUCCAACACACCGGUUCUCAGACUCUUCACACAACAUGCAGUGAACUUCAUGAAAGUGGCUUACAUGCCUCCCAUCAUGGACAUUGGCCCUUAUUCUCGGCAUAUCCAGUUUAUUUUAUCUUUGACAAACCAUCUGGGCAAAACAGUAACUGGGCUCUGUUUUAAUAUUACUCUACUGCCAGUGGACAAUCAGCCACCACAGGUUGUUACCAAACCUUUGACUGUGGAUGAAGGAGGGGAACACCUCUUCGGCCCAGAACACUUGCAGCUCUCAGACGUUGACUCUGUACCAGAAGCCUUGCAUGUGGAGCUUCAAAGGGAACCAAAAAGGGGGCUUCUCUACCUUGGUGGUCAUCCACUUACACUAGGACAGAACUUUAGUCUGCAGGACCUGAUGAGGCGUAAAGUUAGGUACAAUCACGAUGGCUCAGAAACUACAGAAGACACCAUAGUUCUCACUGCAACAGACGGCAUUAAUUCAGUCAGUUUUGUUCUGCCUGUAAAGGUAACGCCCAUAAAUGAUGAACUCCCAGUGAUGGCUACUACUUUGAAACCAGUUCUCAGGUGUCCAGAAGGAGAAGAAAUAAUCAUCACUUCAGAGUACAUCUUUGCCACUGAUGCUGAUAGUGACAACAGCAGCCUUGGAUUUCUGAUUGCCCGGCAGCCGUACCAUGGGGUGGUUCUGCGAAACGCUGUUGUUGUAGAUCGCUUUGUCCAAUCAGACAUCACAGCAGGCCUCAUCUCUUACAGACACACAGGGUUGGAGAUUGGAAUAUCUCCUCUACAUGACACCAUCACAUUUGUCAUUUCUGAUGGAGAAAUAAAAACAUCAGCUUUAUGCUGCGGUGAGGAAACUCCCACCAAGAACAAAGGCAGCACCCAGCUACAGGACAGUCUUCCUGUCUACGACCUCCAUAUCACAGUGUCUCCUGUUGACAGUCAGCCUCCUUCCUUGGCAACAGGUGACAUUUUUACAGUGGAUGAAGGUGGGACUUCCCUUAUAACUGCUGCUCAUUUGAAGGUCUCUGACAUGGACACAGUCCUAGACAAGCUUGUUGUCAGGCUGAUUUCUCCUCCCCAGUUUGGUUACAUAGAAAAUGUCCUCCCUAGUCCUGGCUUUGAGAAAAGCAACACAGGCAUAAGCAUAGCUUCUUUUCUCUACAAGGACAUCACUGAGGGUCAUAUAAACUAUGUACAGUCCAGACACCAGAAGAUGGAGCCCACAGCUGACCAGCUCAUGCUUUGUGUCUCAGAUGGCAAGCAUAAUUCUGCUAACAUCUUUUUCUAUAUUAUUAUUAACCCAACAAAUGAUGAAAUCCCAGAAUUUGUGGCACACAAUAUCACAGUACAAGAGGGAGAAAUGAAGCACCUGGACUCAUCAGUGUUCCAUGCAAUGGACCUGGACAUCCCCGAGAAUGCCCUGCUUUUCUCUGUGGUCAGACCUCCUCGCCAUGGCAGCGUCAUCUGUCACAGGACUGAAAACCCAAUCUCUAAGAGACAGGAACCCAACCUAUGGUCUCCUGUGGUUGACUUUACUAUGACAGAUGUUAAAAAUGGUUUGGAUCUAGUGUAUCUGCAUGACGACAGUGAAACCAUGAAAGACAGUUUUAUAAUUCAGCUGACUGAUGGCAAACAUAAGCUCCAAAGACAGAUGAUGGUUGAAGUGGUGCCAGUGAAUGACGAAGAGCCUCAUGUGUUCAGGAACAAUGGACUGGAGGUGGAACCAGGAGAAGCCAAAGUUAUAUCCAGCAUUACAUUGUUUGCAAAGGACAAAGAUACACCCUCCACAGAAAUCAUGUACAUUUUUGAGAAUGUUCCAACCCAAGGAAUACUUCAACUUCAGGAAGCGAAUAAGUGGGUGACACUGACAGCUGGGAGGAGAUGUACCCAGGACAUGGUGGACAUGAACCUGCUACGUUACAAACACACUGGUCAUCAUGCUAUUAGAACACAGGACUUCUUUGUUUUCCACCUGAUGGAUGGAAAGAAUCAAUCACCACCACAGCACUUUCAGAUUUUUGUCAAAGAGCUGGAGAAAGAAAACAUUGCCAUCUUUGUGAAACCAGUAAAUGUCAGCCGUGGUGAGCGUGUCGUUCUCACCACUGAUGUUCUGCUAGCCACAGAUGGUACAGACAAGCCAGAGGAGCUUCUAUAUGUUAUCACCAACCCACCUGCUCACGGGCACAUAGAGUACAUCAAACAUCCAGGAGUGAUCAUCUCCACCUUCAGCCAAAUGGACAUUGCAGCAAACCUUGUUGCUUACGUUCAUGACAACCAAGCCAGCAAAGCAAUAGAGAACUUUCAGUUUGUUAUAAGCAACGGUAAGACUAACCGAAAUGGAAGCUUUGAGCUGUGCGUGGAAAUUGUGGAUCGUGUUCUGCCAUCGCUAACAUCCAACAAAGGUCUCCAGGUCCCACAAGGUUCUGCCAUGAGCCUUGGUCCAGAACUCCUCUCCUUAUCUGACCCUGACACUCCACCCAGUGCUCUGAUUUUUGUUCUGCGACAGCCUCCACAGUACGGGAAGCUGGUACUAGCCGGUGUCACACUGACUGCUGGCUCAAACUUCACACAGAAACAUAUAAAGGAGCUGGAGGUAACAUAUAGACAUGAUGGAGGACCAUCACAGAUUGACCGAUUUACUUUUACAGCAUCCGACUCCUCCAGACGAGGCUUUCUGCUUGAUGGACAGCUGCAAACAGAGCCUGUGUUUUUCACCAUUCAGAUCAAACCUUUGGAUAAAUCUUCACCAGAAGUAAUAAGGCUGGUCCCACUUUGGAAACCAGAGCUUUUACCCGAUGGCAGAUAUGUGAUUUUUGUGACUUCUCAAGAGCUGAAGGCUCAGGAUAGUGGUAGCAGAGAAGAGGAGCUGAUAUUCUGCAUUGUUCGUCCACCAUAUUUUGGCUACCUUGAAAACAUUACCACAGGUAUGUUUGUGUCAGAGCGUUUCCCUCAGAUUGAGCUUAACAAAAGAACUAUAGCCUAUAUUAUCAAUUCGCAUGGUGAGUUUCUGUCAGACAGCCUGGAGUUCAAAGUGUCUGAUCCUUUAGGCAACAUGGGGCCCUCUCACAUACUUGAAUUCCAAUGGAGUAGGGUGGAGUUUUCUCUUCCUGAGUCCUCAUCAUGUGAGGAGCAGGGAAAAUUCUCCUUGGACAUCAUUCGAAAUGGAAACUUGGCAGAAUCAUCAUAUGUCACUGUCAAGGUGAUUGAAGGGACUGCAAAUGCUGGGAAAGAUUUCCGUACAAAUCCUUCCUCCCUGAUCCAGUUUGAUCCAGGAGUGGCAAAGCGAAGUUGGCAAACUGAGAUAGUUGAAGACCACAUUGAGGAGGCCGAUGAAAAGUUUGAGGUGUUGCUAGUUUCUCCUGAAGCCACAGUAAUUGGUAGAAUCAGCAAGGCUGAACUCACAAUCAGAGAUUCAGGAAAUGAACAGUGCUGGCCAAAUCAGGAUCAACAAGCUCCUCUUCUAGGAGGAAAAGAGAUUCGAUCAGAUACAUAUCCCCAGCAUGGAUCCAUUCAUCUGGAGAAACUUCCUCUUGCUACACAAUCCGUCAUACGGGGCAGAGGAGACAGCAUCUCAUCACCACGAGAAAAUCUCCCUAAGAAGAUACUCAGAGUUGUGAGCAAUCGCAAAUCUAUUGCCCCUUCAUCGGUGUUCCACAAUGGGACAGAUGUGGUUUUCACAUAUCAUGGAAUUAUGCAAAUGCAAGUAGAGGAUGAUACGUCCCCCUCUAGAAAGAGCAGGAAAGCAAACAUUUGGGUGGUUAGCAGGGAACCACAGCACCAAGUACCUGGACUUCUUACUGAAGCAAAGUCCUUCGCUCCAAAAGAUGAACUGAAAGCACAAAUGAAAGAGCGAGCAGGAGAACAUAUGUGUCCUCAGAGCUGGACUUUUCAAGGAGGACGUUGUUACAUCGUCAGCACUAAGCCCAAGCUCACAUGGAGUGCAGCCAACACGGCCUGCAGAGAAAGGUUCAUGGGAAGUCUUGCAAGUGUUCUGUCUAAAUCUGACAUGGACUGGUUGUGGGACUUCAGUGGAAGAAAGCCUUUCUGGAUAGGUCUGAACAGCAGGGAGGCUGAAGGACGGUGGGAGUGGGCGGGCGGUGAGCCUGUCAGCUAUACUAACUGGAGGAAGACCCCCCCUCGCUCCAAAAUGAAGAGAAACAGGAAGUGUGUGCUGGUGUUGAGAAACGCCAAGUGGCAAAUUAGAGACUGCAAUAGGAGCAGAGCUCAUCGCUUCGUGUGCUCAGUUAAACUUUGAGGACGACUUGCAGCAGCGAGAUAAGCUGCUACUGAUGCUCAGGACUUAACCUGUCACCGAGGACCACUGGGGUCUUUUUUAUGGCCUACUUUUAUGAUUUUAUGAUUUAUUGUAGCUCUAAAGCAACUUUAGAACACUGUGCUUUAUUUAACCAAUGAAAGUAUUAAAGUUUUUAAUGAUGGUGUGAAAACAGUUGGAAAUCUUUCCACACAUACUGCAACAGAACAUUUCAUCUCUGUGAACAUUUUUUAUUUUUCAUAUUUUACUUUUAUUUUGUAUAUAUUCUUGACUUUGUCUGAGUUUAAUUAUGUUUCCACAAUUAUGAACUGUAAUUUAAUGGUCAAAUUCUUUGCUUUUGUUUCAUUAAAAUGGCCAUGUAAAAAUGACUAAAAUUGUACUUUUACUGUAUAUAUGAGCAGAAUUUGGAGAAUUCCCACCAAAGAGUUCCUUUUAAAGUCGUUCAUGUCAAGUCUGUUUAAUCGAUUCUCUGUUGCUGUCCAAGCCCAGGCUGCGUUAUUUAGAUCAGGGCCAGAGGAUUAGAACCACACGGGUAAGCAGUAAUGUGAUUAUCUCCAUCAUGUGAUCUCCCAGCAGAGCAUGAAAGAAACCCUGUUAUGCAGGCUGGGAGCCGUUCUCAGGGUUUCUCAGGCACUGAACAGAUCCAGCAUGUCAUCCUUGGCUCGGUGAGUCCACACAAAACUGACAAAAUAGGCGUUUAAAUACUUGGUUUAAAUUUAAAGCAUUUAGAUAACUGAAAUAUUUUUUUGUGCCGUAAGUAAGAUAAAAAAUCAAGUUAAUACAUAUUUUUAAAUGAUAUUUGAAUAAUAUUAACACCGGUACAUCUACAUCUAAUCCUAUGUCUUAUCUUGAAUAAGACUGGACAUCCUUAAUGAUCUGAAUGUAAAGUAAGUAUUGUUAAGUCAAAGCUGCAAAUGGAUUUUCUAGAUAUUUUUUCUUUCCUUCUUUGAGAUAUUGAAACUUGUUUUUGAUUGAAUAUAAAAAUGAAUGCAUAUUUUAUAUAUACCAUCUGGAUGGUGAUGCAUUCUUCUGUUCUUAGAUUUUAGAGUCAUCUAAAGUUAUCUAGAGCUUUUUAACACAUAACCACAUGUUCUCAGAGAAAGUUAUGAUCUGGGAUGAUUCUUGACCACAGUUCCAAAGUUUUUGUGUUCUUAUCUUUGAUCAACUUUAUUUCACUUCUACGUUGUUCCAUUGUCCAUCAUGCUGACAAAUACACAGAUCACCAGCUUAUUCCUGAUUUCCUUACUUUUGGGAUAUCAGCCAAUACUUGCAUGUGAAACUGACGUUCUUGGCUGAUUUGAUGGACCUGCCCACCAGGUCACGUCUUUGGCUUUGGCUUUACUGAAUAACAGGUUUAUUUGGGAGUAAACCCUGAGUUUCACCAUAAGAGCUGUGUACAAACAAAAGGCAGUGUAAGCUACAAACGAUGCUCUUACA